CUUUAUAUUAAAUUUGUUAUAAAAAGCUAACCUACUUUUUUGUUCUUCUUUUCGUUUUUGAUAGCGUCAGAAGAUCUAUACAAACUAUUGAUACUUAUAUCACUUCUGUCUAUUCCUGAACAUCACAUUAUGACCAGAUCUAGAAGAGAAUCCAUUUAUAGCCAUCGUCAUGAACGACACGUCGCCAGGUAAACCGUAUCGUGCCUACUGAGAACAACUUUUCAUGCAUAGCCUGUUUCUUAUGUUCAUUUAAUAUAGAAAUGGCCAAUCUGAAUUACGCUAUGGCAUGAAAAAGAUGGGUGCAGGCAUUGGCAAUUGGGGCGUCUUAGGAGACGAGUUGCCCAACGUUGAAGAUAUCGCUCGUGCUCAAGUAGAAGCACCUUAUCAACAAUAUAAAGGAACCAAGCUUAACCUUGUGGAUCGGGAGACCUUCAAUACUAUGCGAUCAUCUUCUUCCGCUACUUCUACUCCUACUGAUGAGCACGAGUCUUUCCCUCUUGAACAAGCCUCUACUUAAGAAACAGCCAUACUGUUUAACCGAAAGUUUAUCAUGCUAAAAUCAAUUUUUACAUCUCAUAUCUCACUUCAGUCUUUCCUUUUUUUU